CACGGGCUGUUUGUUAGCACUGAGACUGGCGCGCGCAUCAGCAACGCAUACAAUGCGCACCUGGUGCCGCUAUACGAGAGGCACGCAGAACCGCUCCUAGACAACACGCGCGUUUUCGUUGCGGAGACCGUGGCCCCGGCCCUGUCCAAAGCAUCGAAGCCUGCGUGCGACGCCUUGCACCGGGCUGUUGAUCCAUACACGGAUAAGGCAUAUGCCGCAUAUAGCGCACAUGCCAAACCCACGGUAGACAUGGUUGCUGGCUGGGUCAAGCAGACUGUGAGCCAGGCCGUGGUGCCUGUAGUGACGGCUACCAAAGAGGUUGUUGUUCGGGUGGGCGGCGACUACGUCCUGCCGCUGGCCAAGAGUGGGUGGAGUGACUAUAUUGUUCCUCUGCACGUCAACCAUCAGGUGUACCCGCGAUCUGCAAGUACUCCAAGACUGCGCUGCAGUCCGUGCGCGAAAAUCUGCUCCCUGGAAUCGUGUCUGGCACGGCCCAACACAUUGUGCCGUAUGCCAAGCGUGGUGCCGUACACGCGUAUCUGUUCUUUACUCGUCACGUGUCACCGCCGGUGCGGUCCCUCUAUGACCAGCACAUGCGCCACUUCACCGAAGAGUUCUACUACAUGUGCUACACCAAUUUUCACCGGCGACGAGCACCCGACUCUGGCCAAGGCCGACCAGCCCACGACUCAGACCCAUGCGCAAAACAUUGCCCGCAAGAUUUCGGGCUCGGCGCGCCAGUGGUUCCAGGUGGCCCGCGGAUGGUACGUCUAUGACAAGGCCACCGAUUUCUACCACCGUGCCACCAAGGCGGUUCAACCAGUUGCUUUGACAUCAUCUGUUUCUGUCGUCGAGCUUACUCUGUCGGUCACAAUGUCCGCUUCGCCUGCGUCUACUCUGGAACCGAUUUCUUCUGAGCAGCCCUCGACUGAGGAAGAGCCUGUGGUUGUGAAGACCAUAGUCAAGGAGACUGUUGCUGAGGAGACUGUUGCUGAGGAGACUGUUGCUGAGGAGAUUGUUGCCGAGGAGACUGUUACCGAGGAGACUGUUACCGAGGAGACUGUUACCGAGGAGACUGUUACCGAGGAGAUUGCUGGCGAGGAAGCCACUUUGGAGGAGAUUGUUAUCGAGGUGACCGCAGUGGAGGAGCCCCGCAUCGUUGAGGUAGUCGCUGAAGACACCGUUGUUGUUGUCGAGGCUGAUGCCGAAAUGUCCGACGUUACCCUUGCUACCACCGAGUCUGUUGUCGCGGAAGAGCCUGCCAUCGUCGAGGAACCACCCCUGGUUGCCACCGAGAUCCCUGUCAAGGAGACCAUCCUUGAGGAGGCUACGCUGACUGAGGUCGUUCCAGAGCAGAAGCCCGUCGUCGAGACUGCUCCUGCUGUCGAGAAGUCGCCUUCUACUGAUUCUGUUAGUGCAUCUUCCUCGGACAAGCCUGAGAUCGAUGCCAACCAGGCAGCCUCUGCUGUCUACGAUGCUCGUGAGGCCAUGGCUGGUGUUGGUGUGGACGAGCAGCAGAAGAAGGAGUUUGAGGACCUAGUCGGUGCGGUCAAGGACAGGGAUGCGGCAAACCUGGAGAAGAUGCCCCAGAUUGUCAACGACAUUAAGCCCAAGGAGGAUGACAAAACCGUCGGUGCCGCCACUACUGCGCCAGCUGCUGCUGACGACGACCAGCAGAUGCGCGUGGCCACGACGCUCCCUGCCCCGGAGACUGCCAGUGCUGCUGGUGUGGAGGCAACGUCUGCGGCCGAGCCUGUCGAAGACCACAGCACCUCAGCCAAGGCCGCCGAGGUCAAGCGCGAGCUCAACGAGUCCGGCGAGUCGAUCAGCCAGUCUGCUUCCCUGGUUGCACAGGAGUCUACCACGACAGUGACGGCCCAGACAACCGCCACGCGCACAGUGAACAAGGUGGUCACUGUGGAGCAGCCCGUGCAGCCGCCCAAGGGAUCGGCCGAAACGACCACCCAGGCAGUAGUGACCCAGUAUCUCACCAAGACCGUACGCAAGCAGAGCACAGUGACGUCGCAGGUCACCACCACUGUCAAGACCACUCGUUCAGUGACAGUGAACUCGACGCUGCUCGAGACGCUGACCACCGACAAGCAGCAGGUUGUGGCCACCACCGCAGCCAGCGAGAAGACUGCACCGGAGGCUGCCAAGGCCAAGCAUGAGACGUCGCAGGCCGCCGGUGAGCAGCAGCAGGAUGGUCUCAAGGAGGCGACGGCCAUGUCGGCUGUUGACACAGAGCCUGCUGCCGAGCUGCCGGCUGCCAAGGCUCCGCUGGUAGAAGAGCCUGUGGUCUUGGAUAGCCAGUCGGUUGAUUCCAGCCCGAAGGCAGAGGACGCGGCCAAGUCGGAGGAAGUAGUGGAGGAGACAAGCCCGCUGCUGUCGAUUGUUGUGCCGGUUGACGACGAGGUGCGCAAGGCGGCUUCGAACUGGGUCAAGGACGCGCGCAAGUCGAUCUCGAAGGAGGUUGCGCAGGAGCGCACCCGCCAGAGCACCUCGGCUACUGAGGAGGAGCAGGUCGAGCAGGAGACGGUCGCUGCGGCGGUCGAAUCGCAAGCCGAGCCGUCGCCGGCUGCUUCGGAGCCCUCGCAGGUGAAGGCGGUGGCCAGCACGGCGGCUGUGGAACGUGCGGUGGCCGAAUCCGCUGUGCAGCCCGAGAAGGAGGAGGCCGUGGUGGCGCCACGGUCGGCGGCCAAGCAGGAGCCGGCUCCGGCACCGGUCCGGCCGAGCAAGACAGCACCCAAGGCAGCCGCAAACGAGGCAGCUGCGCAGAAGGCGGCCAAGCCAGCAGCGAGCCGGCGGACGAAGAAGGCCGACGAGAAGCAGGCGCAAGCCACAAGGGGUCCGCGCAAGAUCAAGGUCAAGAAGCGCCGCUCCGCAGCACGCGAUGAGCUCUGAGCAAACAAAAUUAUUCACUUUUUUCCCCGUAUAUUCACUUCAAUCUCCCAAUUCAAUUCCAACU